UGAGAAGCAUAAAACAACGUCGCAGAGUAUGACGAUUUACGACGAUUACACUGGUGAUUUGGAAAGAGAAGCUACCGUGAACGAUUCAACUGUUUUAGAAUUAUUCAACGUAAGCUCUACAUCCGAAGAUGAUUAUUUCGAAUCAGAUAGAGAAGUUUCGCCAUUCAUAUGGAUAAAAAAUCAUUCAUGGACAAAACCAGGAGCCACGAGCUUUGUCAAUACUGAAAACUCUGUCUCAAGAUUGGUCGUGAAUACUAUAUUUAAUUUUCCCUAUCGAAGUAAUGCAUUUUUUGGAUUCCGACCUUCGACGUUUGUGCCAUAUGUUCAGCAUUUUCACAUUCCUACUGUACCGUCACAAUUUCAACACCGCCCUCACACUGUUUUAUUGAGUGAAAUCUUGCCCACCGAAAACUAUUCAUCCAGGUUUAAAAAUAGUCUGCGUCUCGACUUUGACCAAAAAUUAAACUGCGAUCAGUUUGAUGGUAGUUUUAAUUUUUAUUAUGAAAAAAUGGAAAAUAUUGAUCGAAAUAACAACUUGCGGUGUCUUUCUGAGGCUUGUGAUGAACAUUUGCGACAACUUCAAUACAAUAAUCUGAGAAAUACACAAAAAUUUCUUAGGAAACUCUGCAACUUGAAAUAUUCCAGUCUAACCACGCCGGAAAGUGAACAGUCCUCAGACGAAGCAGUUAGAUUGGAUACAGAUACAUCGUUACUCAAUUAUACAAUUUCAUGUGAACCCUACCCUGCUAUGUUGGAUUCUGUCGAUCUUAAGAUUUUAGAAAAAAUUACCCAGCAUUCUAAAAUUUAUGGCAACCUUCCCGACUUAUUUCAUCGGAUCAGUGAAGAAAUUCUUUAUUGUAGGAAAUAUAACGAUACAACCUUUCAACCGCUGAAAAGUACUUCCUCGACGCAGACUGAAGAGGAAAAAAUGCGUACGAAUAAAGCUGUAGCGAGUGAAUGUAUUGAAAAAGUAGACACAAAUUCAUUGACAUCAGAUCAUUUUCAACAGGAUAAUCGAGUGCCAUUGCAUAAAAAUUCGAAAAUUCGACGUAAUCGCAAUUUUGUGUUGGAGAAUAUCGAACGGUUUAAAUUGAACCCUUCGCGUGAUUUUUCUCUUCUUAAAAAUGACGUCAAGAAACAAACACUUUCAUCUAAUAAAAAACCAUUAACAAAAAGACGCAGACUUCAAAACUUGACAGUGAAGUGUCGUAGCUUGCAGUUUGCCACGGAUGAAGAAGAUUUAGGAAAGUAUAAAGAGAGCGCAGAGCAACCAAUCAAAAUAAAAGAAAUGGAGGUACUGAACGAAGUUUUGAAAGAUCAAACGGAAUCUAUUAACGAGAUCAGUGAUUGUUUCAACGAAAUGCAAAACGACGCUAUUGAAAUUGUUCACUUACAAGAGGAAAUUAAUGCAGUUUAUUCACGUCAUCUGGAAUCAUUAACGCAAGAUUGUCUGCGAGUGAACAGAACGGUUUCUGAUAUGUUAUAACUUAAUGAUAUUUUACAACUCAUUCUUACUUUUUCCAUAAAUAUGUAUCCACAAUAUUCGCAUUGAAGUUAAUAAACAGUGCAUUGGCUGUUAUAUUCAUGUUGUAAAGCGUAAUUAAUCUAUUACCUGCUGCAUGCUAGGUGCAUGUUUAUUUAUAAGGUAUUUAUUUAUUUAAAGCAUGUACAUAUUGCACUAAAAACAAAUGCAGUUUAUAGUCAUUUCGAGAGUUGGACGUACUUAAGCAUUCAAGGAGUUUUUUUUUGUUCUAAAAUGUCAAUCAAUUAUAUAUGAGAUAGAAAUUAUUUAUAUGCCAAAUAUAACU